AACUGAAAAUACUACAUUAUGCUAAUCGCGGCGGGGCCCGCGCGGGGGGCGGGGGGGCGGCCGCGACCCUCGCGUAUAAAGGGGCGCGCGAGGGCUGGGCGUUCCACAGGCCAGUGCUCCGCGCUCGGUGGGUGCCAGCCCAGCCAGCGCCAGCCGGCGACGAGCGAGCCCGCCAGGACCGUGGCCACGGAGGGGGCGCGGCCGGACGCGACGAGCGGUGCAGCCCAGGGCCCAUCAGCCAGAUCGCUGGCCAUGGAGCGCCUGGUCUCCCGCCGCAGCUUCCCGGGGCUGGCGCGCUCCAGCGCCUGCCGCAGCCUCUUCGGCCCGGUGGACCACGAGGAGCUGAGCCGCGAGCUGCAGCUGCGCCUGGCCGAGCUCAACGCCGAGGACCAGCGCCGCUGGGACUACAACUUCCAGCAGGACGUGCCUCUGCGCGGCCCCGGGCGCCUGCAGUGGACGGAGGUGGACAGCGACUCGGUGCCCGCCUUCUACCGCGAGACGGUGCAGGUGGGGCGCUGCCGCCUGCUGCUGGCGCCGCGGCCCCGCCCGGCCGGCGCGGACGAGCACCCGCCCCCCGCGCCGCCGGCCGCCGCCGAGGCCCUCGACGGCCCGGCCGAGGCGCCCGCGUCGCCCUGCAGCGACGCGCCCGCGGCGGCCCCCGCGCCCGAGGCGGCCGCGCCGCCGCCGCCCGAGCCCGAGGAGCCCGCGGCCGAGCCGCCGCCGCCGCCGCCCAGCGCGCCCGAGCCCGCGCCCGCGCCCGCGCCCGCGCCCGCGCCCGCGCCCGCGCCCGAGCCCGCCCCGGCCGGCCCGUCCACCGCCGCGGCCGGCGCCGCGCCCAAGAAGCUGCCCGGGUCGCUCCUCUCCGGGAUGCCCGCCGCGCCGCGCCCUGACCGGCUGCUCGCGCUGUCGCCCGCAGAUUUCUUCGCCAAGCGCAAACGGCCCGCGCCCGACAACAAGUCCGCCUCCAACGAGGUGCCCGCGGGAUGCGCCCCCGCGGCCGCUGCUCCCGCCGUGGGCCCGGCGGAGCAGACGCCGCGCAAGCGCCUGCGAUGAGGAGUGAGUGCCCCCUGGACGGAGCCCGGAGCCGACCCGCCGGGCAGCGCAGCGGAGAGGGAGAGAAGAGCAGGAGCGCGGGGCCUCGGCUGGGGCCGCGCACGCAGCGGGGGCCACGCGCGCCCGGCUGCGUUCCCAACUUGGCCAACUCUGCGAUGUCUCCAGACCGUCCCCCUAAACCGUUUUGUGCAGGAGGAGAACACGGGCCCCAAGGUGGAAAGCUUUAAAGAGUCACUUACACGAAAUGCGGAACCCCUGCCAAUCUCAGUGCCAAGAGAAAAAAAAUACAAAACAAAACCCCACACACCACACACACACGCACACGCGCACACGCACGCCACCGUGGAAAAAGGGAAAAAAGGAGAAAAGAGAAAACCCUGUAUAUUUGUACAAAAAAAAUUAAAGUUAUACUAAGUUAUAUUUUGUAUUUAUGUGGAGGCCUGGGCCGCCCUUCCACGCUGGGCCCUCAUUGGUCAUGCCAAAGGCACCCCGCCCGAUCUGGCCUCCACUUUGCCAAUUGAUUGAUCGGCCCCCAAAGCCUCGCCCCAGCCCACAGCCCACUCACCAUCCAGCUGACAGGCCCCGCGCUCACCCUCUCCGCGUUCCUCCUGCCACCACCAUCAUUCCACCAGUGCCAGUCCAGACCACCAUGCCCACUCGAUGCCCACUCGGUUGAUGCUCAUUGGUUGUCCAUGACUCUGAUUUUGAAUUGAUUGACCACGACUUUGAUUUUGAAUUGAUUGUCUGUGACUUGGUUUUUGACUUGGUUUUUGAAUUGAUUGACUUGGUUUUUGACUUGGUUUUUGACUUGGUUUUUGAAUUGAUUGUCCGUGACUUGGUUUUCGAAUCGAUUGUUCAUGACUUUGAUUUUGAACUUGAAGACAAAUCUGUUCAGAGGGUCCGCCCUUCUGAACCACCCGAGCUCCUUUGCCGGGUUCUGAAUAAAAAGGAUG